AGGGGAAAACAGAAAGAGGCCGAGCCAGGCCGAGCCGCGUCGGAGGCAGGCCGGCCGGGCGAGGGGAGGAAGGCGAGGACGGUGCUCGCUGCCCGCGCCGCGCUGGCGCCGGGGGACCCGCCCGAGAUGCCGGUGCGGAGCGCCUGCCGCUGCCCUCCGGAGGCCCCGGGAGGAGCCUCGUCCGCCGCCCGCCUCGAGCCGCCGCCGCCCAUCAACACGGCGCAGCCCGGCGUCAGCACCAGCCGCCUCUACAGCGGCGCCAAGUUCCGCGGGCAGCAGCGCUCCAAGGGCAACGCCUACGAGGUGGAGGUGGUCGUCCAGCACGUGGACAUGGAAAACUCCUAUCUCUGUGGAUACUUGAAGAUUAAAGGCCUUACGGAGGAAUAUCCAACCCUUACAACUUUCUUUGAAGGGGAAAUAAUUAGUAAAAAGCACCCAUUUUUAACACGGAAGUGGGACGCAGAUGAAGACGUGGAUCGUAAACAUUGGGGGAAGUUCCCAGCCUUUUACCAGUACGCAAAAACAUUUAACUCUGAUGACUUUGAUUAUGAGGAUCUGAAGAACGAUGACUUUGUCUUUAUGAGGUGGAAGGAACAGUUCCUGGUCCCUGAUCACACCAUCAAAGACAUCAGCGGUGCUUCCUUUGCUGGGUUCUAUUACAUAUGCUUCCAGAAAUCUGCAGCAUCUAUAGAAGGCUAUUACUAUCACAGGAGUUCAGAAUGGUAUCAGUCUCUGAAUUUGACUCAUGUCCCAGAGUACAGCGCACCCAUUUACGAAUUCCGGUGACAGCGAUACCAAGAGUGGCGCCGAGAGAUGGCCAGUGGGGCCAGGGGGAGAGAGCGAGAGAGAGAGCAUGCUCUGUUAAGACAACUGCGAUGUCCCUGUCAGGACAGG